AUGCCAUACUUAUUUUGGGAUAAAGAACCUGGCAAUACAGGGCCUACGCUUGUAACAAAAGCCAACAGCCCGAGGCCCAGCAGAGAGGACACAAGCCAGCAUUUUCCCAGUAUUGACCAUGACGUGUCAAGUCCCAUUAAGACUACCGAAUUGCUAGGGACAUCAGUUGAGCCGGAAGCCUCUCUCCAGUUUCAAGUUGUGCUACCACAAAAAGUCGAUUCGGUGGAGAAUAUCAGUCCGAGCAGUCAAGAGAAAAUUGAACAAGAAACUGAUUCUGGAAGCGUGGAGGUUGAAAGUGAAGGCCAAAUACGGGAAAAAGCGAAGGCUGAUGCUAAAAAUUUCAUUCAUAAGUCUUUGACCCUUGAUCAGUAUUACUACGCAUCUCUUAGAGACACGCUGGCUAGGGACCAGGAUCAGGUGCUUGGGAGAUAUUUCAGACUGUUGAGUGGCGACACUGUAACGACAAACCCGGAAGAUGAAGGGCAGCAAGAAAUCAGCUAUGCCAAGGCACCCAAUCUUCCCCUGGAGAACAGAAAGCAAAUAGAAGACAGCAGCGACAGAAAUCUCAAAAUUGCGCCCGCACAAAUUUUGAUGGUGAAUCAAUUAUGGUUAUGGAUCCUUCAUGAUGGUGUGUCAAUCAAAAUGCCCCUCCCGUGUCUAAGCUACUAUUAUCUAAAUCAAUAUAACAUAGACACCAUCAUCACGAGCACAACAACACAGCCGAAAAACUUUAAGAUCACCUUUCUCCAGCGAGUCCUGGAUUUGCUCCAAGAACAAAAUGGCAGAUCCAAGCUCACAGCCCUCCAAAUCGCCGAAUUGGCCAUGAACACAGCUACAGGGUUUUUUGAUGCUCAGGAGAUCGCGAUAUAUGAAGAUCAGGCUCAGCCCCAAGCCGAGGAGUACGAUGAUGAUCAGGGUGAAGAAGACAAAGUCAACUGGAGUGAACAUAAAUCUCCAUUGGACAUCUUUCGAGAAUCCAUUCAGAAUAUAGUAGGUACUGAUUAUCUCUCAAAUGAGUAUGAGCGCUAA